GUCAGGCACACACCUUGAUCAAGUAAAAGAAGCCUCGUAUUAUUUGAAAAAUGAAUACAGAACAUGACGUUAAAUGAAUUGUAAUUUAUAUGUAUACAUUGUUUUAUUUAUAAAACAACUUUAUUCAUUAUUCGACAUUUCAACGUCGAGUAAAAUUUACAGGAUAUAGGUACCUACAGUGCACACAAUUGAUUGUAAUUCUCCUACUUUAUUUUUGUGAGUUUUCUGUUAAAAUCUAAUUUAAAAAAAUAAUAAUAUGCAAUUGAUUACCCCAUCGAAUUGAUCUUUUUCUUAAAAGUACUAGUUUUAGAUUAUGUAAUUAAAGGAAACUUAAGCAUGUUUUUCUCUUGCGUCUUAGAGCCAUGUCUGAUGGUAUUCGAUAUAAUAAAAUUCCUUUGUAUUUAAUAUGAAGUAAAAUGAUAUUCAAUAUUGUUUCAGACUGUAUUAUAAUAAUCAGCGAAACGUUUUAUUGGUGUCAUAUGAGUAAAAACUAAUAUUUUGCGAAAAAUUAUCUUUCUAACCUCAUACUCUAACCUGAUUUAGUAUUGUUAUAUUAUAUUUAUCUAUUCUAUGAGAAACAAUGUCAUCAUUUUAUGGAAUCCGUGUUAACUUACCUAGAUAUUAGAACAAUUUUUUGUAUUCGAAUUUUUUGAAUUUCGUACGUGCUAAUACGAUGGAAAAAGCUAUUAAACAUGUGAUAAUUAAAUCAAUAAAUUUACGUAAUUGGACAACUUUAUCAAAUUAUAUAGCAACGCAUAGUUUACUAACAAAUUGCGAAAAUCUACAAGAUACUUCAUUACCUAAGAAAUGGGAAAAACACAAAGAAAAUAUACAAAAAAAUACUUUUUUAAAUUCAAACGACAAUCCUAAAAACAUGAUUAACAUGAAUGUCAGGGAAUCCAAACAAAAGUUAACAAUAGAAGCCGUUAAUCAUUUGAGCUUUUUAUAUCGUCGUUCAAAUUGCAAAGAUAUAAGAAAUUCUGAAGAAUUUGAACAGUUAUGUAAAAUAAUACAAAGAAAUAAUACAGAAAUUCUUACUUUUGAGAUUAUAAGAUACGCUUUGUAUGCAUUGUAUAUUUUACCAAAGCAAUCUGUAAAUAAAAAUCUUCUGCAUAGAGUGUAUGAUCUAAUAAUAGAUAGAGGGCAGCUUUUGCAAUUUAAAGAAAUAAAUUUCUUACUUCGUCUUAUUAUCAACAAGAUUGAAGACAGGGAUAUGAGCUUUUAUAACAAAGGUGCUUUAGACGCAUUGUGUACUGCUGUUUUAGAUAAAAAUCUACCUUUCAAAAAUAAUCUGGAUAUCUUGAACAAAUUAAAUGACAUUUACUUCUGCCAUAUUCCUCUAAUAAACCAUGCAGUAACAGAAUUUAUUGAUGAUCCUUAUUAUUUAACUACGUACUCAUGGGUUCAAAUACAUACUCUCAUUAAAUCUUUAUAUAUUGCUGAUUAUAAACCACAACAAUGGGCAACAUUGCAAUCAAUGUUCUUAAAAUAUAUUUUGCAUAACGAUUUUCCAAUUCAUUUCCUGGCAAUGAAUGCAUUACGUUUACUUUCAUUGGAUUGCUAUAAUGCAGAACUACUAGAAAAAAUUUUUACUACGUUUUAUUGCACUCAUGAUAAUAUUUUCGAUACCACUAAGUUCAUUAUUUUGAUAUUACAUCAAAGUGUUAAAACAUUGUGUCCUUUUUAUAAUGGAGUUACAAUAAGUGAAAACUUACUAAAUGAACUUAUGAAACAAAUAAGAUUUGUAGAGACUCCUACAUUAGGGGGAAUUUUAACAAAACUAGUAGGAGGUACUCAAUACAUAAAAAAUGGCUUAACAACGAAACUUGGCCAUUUUAUUAACUAUGCUAUUAUUGUACAACCAGAUGGUACUCCAAUGGUUCUUAGUGACUUAAGCGAUAAUAUAUUUGCUGAAGAAUUAGUGUCACCACCAGGAUAUAGCAAGUUGUUUAUUCUUGCCUUACAAGAUAAAGCAUAUUGUAUUAAUACACAACAGUUAACCAGUAUAUCGAGAAUACAAAAACAAUCAUUGGAAACAUUGACCGAAUGUGAAGCUGUUGUUAUAAAUAUGCAUUUAUGGAGACAGUUUUCUAUAGAUAAAAAAGAACAAUAUCUUCACGAAGUCCUACAAAUUAAAAAUCUAAAAACAUUUUAUAAUAAGCAAGUAACUUCAGAUAUUAAUUCAUUUAACACAUCUAAAAACGUACAAAAUUAGAAAAAAUAUA